AUGGAGAACCCAGAAACACCGCAACUCGUGUCAAAAUCCGAAGGCAAGGUGCGGGUUUUGCUGGAGUCAGUUACUCACCUUGUGCCUGGCAGCGAUCGUGACGAAAAACUCAGCUUCGUAAAAAAUAUCGUCUGUCAACGUCACUGGAAACGGGACUUCGACCGGAGCCAAGAGCGCAUGUACCCAUACGGCGACUUCUUCGGCCUCAAGAACAGAAACUGCUUUUUUCUGAUUGAUCACCACGGCCAUGAUCACACAGUUCAAGAGGAAGAAGUACCAGUCAUAUGGUAUAAGUGGACGGGGGAGUCCCUUAUUCAUAUGAACGAUACUUUACCUCUCUGGAUACAAGAAGAGCUUAAGAAAUGGCCAUUCACAUGGGAAGGAAGGACGGUUCAUCGGUUGCCCAGAGGACCAGAUGGGAACUUUGAACCAAAAGUCCAACGCGAAGUUAUCAAGUCCAAGCUCAACCUUGGUAUACCCAUGUUCGCAAGGGAUAUUGAAUUCCUAAGAGAGCAUCCAGAACAUGCACUGUGGCUCAAGGCUCGUUUAGAUCGUGAAUUGUGGGCUCAAAUUGAGCCGUUUUGUGAACUCCCGGAAGAAGUAAAGUAA